UUAAACAUAAUAUUUUUGAAAGUUUAAUUUUCUUGUAUUUUGUUCUCUAACGCCGUACUGCUUGUCACACCAUAGCACAACUUAGCUGUUCUUUUUUCUAUUUAUUUCGGUUCACGAUUUAGGUGCCUAACUAAACUGGCGACCGUUCAUUUAUUUCGUGUCUCCUCAGGAAUCUCCGCGGCCUGCCCGGUGCCCAUAUUUUAGAAACAACAUUUCUUCGUAGACAAGUUAUGUGCGUUCAUCUACAAACUCACAUAACUCCUAAACACAAACAAACAAAUCUCAAAGACAAUUCUAUUUACUCCGGAACUUCCUGUUUGUUGUCAACAACCGUUAGAAACUAGGUCUGCGUACAUCCAGACUAUAUAAGACGUCGCGGGCGCGCACGCCACAAGCUUGUCUCCUAGCUGGUCUCUCCCGAAGCCACACCUCUCGGGACCAGUGACGGGUUAUAUUUGACAACUUACACUAGCAGUUAGUUUUGUGUCCAACGUAACUAAGAGAGGUUCAUUGAAGUUAUUGUGAAGUGCUUAAGCGAGGAGCGGCCGGCGACAGCUAAUCGAGUGCUCUUCAUAAUCUAUUCACUCCGAGAUGUUUCUCCCCAGCUGCCCGAGACCAGUGAAGGCUGCGUUGCUGCUAGUCCUUAUUCUCACAUUCAUAUCUACUGCAUCGAGUAAUCUGAAACCAGUCACACUGACGGGAGUGAGUGGGAAGAAAGUGACCUGGCUACACAGGGAGCCCGUGGGUUAUGGACAACGACUAAAAACGUUUUUCUGGGAUAGAGUCGUAAACAUCUUGAUAACAGAUAAUGAAGCAAAAUACGGAUGUCGGCCGAUUGCUACCGGAGUUAUCCUAGAUAGAAACCGGGUGCUAACAUCGUAUAACCCGUUCAUAGAACUCUCUAAAGAUACUUCCCCUAUAAAGGACAUGUAUAUUUACGUGAACAUCGGUCGUAUAGUACAUGCGAAUGACCCAGUGGGGGGGCUAGUGUACUUCCACUUGCACGAGAUGUGGUCGGGCCGGCGAGUGACGUUCUCGCCAGAGGAAUCUACUUCCAGUAAGAGUUGGCACGGCCGGGGAGCGGACAAGCGCAGCCCGCUGCACGACCUGAUGGUGCUGCGAGUCAAGCCGGACUUUGACUCCAAGUUCCAGUUCACACACAUGGCAGAAAAAGACAUUGCUGUUGGAAAAGUGAACAUUGUGUUCACGAUGGACAUCGCUAGACCCAAUGAGAGACUGGAGUAUCCUUUGCGCUACUGUCAGCUGAAUAUAGACGGAGAGAGGGAACACCAACAUUUCGACUUCGUUACUGAAGAUAACGUCAUAGUGGACUGCGAUUUGUACAUCCCUAAGCAUUGGGGACUGUUCAUAUGUGUGAAGAAUAACCAUGACCUGAAAGGUCUCUCGUCCAGUGCUAUACUCGUGUCGAAUCAGACAGUGUUCGGCAUCGGCAGCUUCGCGCACAAGCGGGACGGCCAGCAAGCCAUACUGGUGUUCACGGACGUGCGCCCCUACUACGACCUCAUCAUGAACGCCAUGACUGACGACGACACGAAACUUUAGCAGCGCCCUGACUCUGGACAUGUGGCCCUACUGACCCUACUGUGUACUUCAUACAGCUCGGGUAAUGUUUGUCGUACAUCACUUUAUCAAUCGACUCCAAAAAGUAUGAGGUUCUCAGUUAGUCUGAUUGUUUAUGUGUAAUUGCAUCAGAAAUUCGGACUUAAUGAUUUGUAGAUUCUUUUGUUGUUUAACGUGACUUUGCUGGUAUUCAUCCAGUUUCACUCGGGAGAUUUUUAUUUGAAGUUGGUUGUAUGUUUUUGUUGUUAAAACAAUAUUAGUUAAUGUAAAAAAACAUAAUGUGACAAGCUGCUGAAUGUAUGUAAUAUUACCGUUUAUUCGGGUAAAAUGUAUAUGAUAGUUUAGUCUUUAUUGUUAAUAAAUAUAUUUUUCGAACAAUAUUUGUGAUUGUUUUGAUUCAGACUGUAGCUCAUGACAGCCCUACACUCCGCUGCGGACAUUGAACCAGUCACAUGUCUAGUGACAGGAAGGUAGUAGUAAGUAGCCCACCACUCCCCGUAACUAUUUUAUAUAUAUGGGUUUAAGUUUGAUGUUUCUGUCCGUCUGUAAAGUCAUUGCUCUCAAACGUUUUGUACUCCAUGAGGCUACACCUUUCUGAAAUGCUUUAAAAUU